AUGAAUGAAGUGAUGGGAAGAAGUAAAAGCAGGAGCCACUGUCAGUCGUUUGUUCUUGGAGCCUUCUCAUUCAGCAAAGAGGGGCAACAGACUGACGGAGUUUUGCGAAGCUUCGAAGGAGAAGGCGAAGCAAUAGUAGUAUUCGGAGCAGCAAAGGUUCGUCUGUCUGUUCACGUUGCAGCAGCAUCCAUCCCUUCCCCUCUACAUUCAACAUCAUCAUUUGCUGUAUUGAUUCAUCGCGCAGCACUGCUUGAGUCCCAUGCAAGAGAAUAA